AUGCCUGUCAUUCCAAGCGUUAUUCCAACUGUUGCAGAUGUUGUACAUUCACCAAUAAGUCCAAUUAGACUAAUUUCCAAAGAUGACACUCAUAUUAUUACCAAUACUGGUAGUUUGAGUCCUGUUCCUCAAAUGGCUAGACAUGCUUCAUCUCCAUCCUCUCUAGCUCACACCAUUCCAUUUGUUCCUUCACAAUUAGAGUCACUUCUGCCCCCUUCCCUUCCUCAAAUUUUCAAACAAUUAAUUCCAUCAGAAAUCAAAAUGAUGAGCGAGAAGGAAAAGGAAGAAUGGUCAUCCAUGAUUACCAAGGUCAUUGUUUCAUUUUGUUAUGCCAUGUUUGCCAUCUUUUGUACAAGUGUUACCAUGGUAGUAGUUCACGAAAGAGUUCCAAAAGAUUAUCCUCCACUCCCAGAUAUUAUUCUAGACAAUUUACCUUUGAUUCCAAGUGCAUUUGCAAUCUCUGAGUUUAUUUGUGUAGUUUUGGGCCUCAUUGUAUUUUUUAUUUUAGUAAUUCACAAGCAUAGAGGAAUUAUUUUCAGAAGAGUUUUGGUGAUUAUUGCCUCUGUAUUCUUACUCAGAUGUAUUACCAUGUUCAUUACUUCAUUGAGCGUACCAGGUACACAUCUUACUGCAUCAUGUAUGGCAACAAGAGGUAUGACCACAACCUUUGAUGACAAGCUGAAGAGAGCUUUGGAAAUUACUUUUGGAUUUGGAAUGAGUAUUAUGAAUGUAAAGACUUGUGGCGAUUACAUGUUCUCAGGACACAUGUCCAUGAUUACAAUUUUGAAUUAUACCAUUAAUGAAUAUACACCAAAACAUUGGAAAGGAUUGCACAUUAUUACAUGGGUUUUGAACUGUUUUGGAGCAUUCUUUGUUUUGGCAGCUCAUGAACACUACUCAAUUGAUGUUUUUAUUGGAUUUUUCAUUAGUAGUAGAUUAUUUGUCUAUUAUCACGAUACUGCCAACAUGAGACACAUUCUCAAUUUGCACAAUAUUGAAACAACAGCCUAUAUUCCACUCUUUGAUUACAUGGAAGAUACUGUUGAUGGAGUUGUAAAGAAUGAAUUCAUCAUUUCAGUUGGAGAAAAGGAUCACAGACAUAGACCAUUGCAUUCUCUCGAUCCUCAAACAAUUCACACUCUCCAAGAACAACAGCAACAAAUAGCCUCCACUCUCCCAACAGAGCAACAACACCAUCAUCAAUACCACUAA